AUGUAUGCUGCUUCUUAUGCACCAAUGACUACUGUAAUUGUAGAUGCAUCCAAAGAAGACAGAGUUUGCCCUUUUCACAGUUGUCAACGUUAUCUUAUCAUCACUGCAAUCGCAAUUAUCGUUGUUUCAAUGUUUACAGUAAUCUGUUCUUACGGUAUCGUUGUUGCUAAAAUGGCACAAAUUGCCCAUAGUGAAAAGUAA